AUGGUCUUUAGCACGAUAGUGGUGACGUCCGCCUUGAAAGGCGCCAUCGGUCUGGUGGGCACGGGUUUGUGGCUCGUGCCAUUGUUGAUAGCGGGUCUUUCUUACUACCGGUACGAUCAGCUCGAUCCCGAGAGUCGACCGAUCGACAGGUACCCUCUGUACGCGGAGUACGAUUUCGUGGUGGUCGGCGGCGGCUCGGCCGGGGCGGUAGUCGCCAAUCGACUGUCGGAAAUACCAAAGUGGAAUGUGCUGCUGUUGGAAGCCGGCCCGGACGAGAACGAGAUCACGGAUGUGCCGUCUUUGGCGGCAUACCUGCAGCUGACGAAGCUCGAUUGGAAAUAUAAGACGGAGCCCACGGGUAAGGCGUGUCUAGCCAUGAAAAACGGCCGUUGUAACUGGCCGCGAGGCAAAGUCCUUGGCGGCAGCAGCGUGCUCAACUACAUGCUUUACGUUCGCGGAAACGCCCACGACUACGACCAUUGGGAGUCAUUAGGCAAUCCCGGCUGGGGAUACGACGAGGUUCUGUACUACUUCAAAAAGUCGGAGGACAAUCGCAACCCGUAUCUACAGAAAAGCCCUUAUCACGGUACCGGCGGCUUCUUGACGGUCCAAGAGUCGCCGUGGAGAACGCCCUUGGUAGUAGCCUUCGUCCAAGCCGGUGUAGAAAUGGGGUACGAGAACCGAGAUAUCAAUGGGGGACGACAAACAGGUUUCAUGAUAUCUCAAGGAACUAUUCGCAGAGGUAGUAGGUGUUCCACCGCAAAAGCAUUCCUGCGGCCUAUCCGGUUGCGUAAGAAUAUUCACACGGCUAUGAACAGUCACGUGACCAAGGUUAUAAUCGACCCGUUGACAAUGAAGGCUGUUGGAGUCGAAUUCAUUAGAGACGGCCACAGGCAGAUAAUUCGGGCGCGAAAGGAGGUCAUAUUAUCAGCGGGCGCGAUCAACAGUCCUCAGAUUUUGAUGCUCUCGGGCAUCGGACCGAAGGAGCACCUGAGACACAUUGGCAUUUCGGUCGUCAAAGAUCUCCGGGUCGGCGACAAUCUGCAAGACCACGUGGGUAUGGGCGGUUUGACCUUUCUAAUUGACAAACCGGUCGCCAUAGUUCAAGAUCGCUUCCAGGCGACCCCGGUGACGAUGCAUUACGUGGUAAACGGCAGAGGCCCCAUGACGACCUUGGGCGGCGUCGAAGGUUACGCUUUCGUCAACACGAAAUUUGCCAAUAAAUCCAUCGACUACCCGGACAUACAGUUCCACAUGGCGCCGGCCUCUAUCAAUUCCGACGCGGGUAUACAAGUACGGAAGGUAUUGGGGCUGACGGACGAAGUGUACAAUACUGUGUACAGGCCGAUCGCCAAUAAAGACGCCUGGACUAUCAUGCCUUUGCUGCUGAGGCCCAGGUCCCGAGGUACCGUACGACUACGAAGCUCCAAUCCUUUUCACAGCCCCGUCAUCAACGCGAAUUACUUCUCCGACCCUGUGGACAUCGCCGUUCUGGUCGAAGGUGCGAAGCUCGCAAUCCAAGUGAGCGAAGCGAAGGUCUUUAAGCAAUUCGGCUCGAGGCUCUAUCGCGUCAAACUGCCCGGCUGCAAACACCUCAAGUUUGGCUCCGACGCCUACUGGGAAUGCCAUAUUAGACACAUCUCCAUGACGAUCUACCAUCCCGUAGGUACCGCCAAGUUAGGCCCGUCAACGGAUCCCACCGCCGUGGUGGACUCGAGAUUAAGAGUCCAUGGUAUCGCAGGUCUUCGGGUCAUUGACGCAUCUAUCAUGCCGACAAUCAGCAGCGGGAACACGAACGCUCCCGUCAUUAUGAUCGGCGAGAAAGGUGCCGAUCUUAUCAAGCAGGACUGGCUGGCCGUCGCCAAUAGCCGAUCGUGA